AAGUUGAAGAUUCAUACAGAGACGAGAGAGAGAGAGAAAAAUUAAGAGAGAGAGAGAGGAUGCCGCGGUCGUUCCUACUGAAUAAGAAAAAGAAGAAACAGGGGGCCUGUGGAGGAUGGAGGUGGAGAGACCCAGAGCAGACAGACUGGAAAGAGGACAACAGAUCAGUGAGUGAGAAUGCUGAGGUACAGUCUGCAACAGUCAACUGCCUUGACCACCCUAAACCUGUGGCUCUGCCAGAGCCAGAUACCCCCUCCUUGACUUCAGCACUUGGGGCAGGGCCAAUAAGUGGACAAGGACCAGUACCAGGGGAAGAACCAGGGCUAGGGCCAGACAGGGGCCAUGGUUGGUCUAAUCUCCUGUCUCGGACCAUGGGCCAGAAUAAUUUUUAUCACCCUGCUGCACUGGCUCUGGUCUCCCGAGCCAAGCCCCUGCCACAUGUCCCCCCCAGCWCGGGUGACUUCAUGUGUUCGGAAUGUGACAAGGUGUUCCCCCUGCAGUGCAUGUUGACGCGCCACCUCAAGUGCCACAGCAUGGUGAAGAGACACCCCUGCCGCUACUGUGGCAAGGGCUUCAACGACACCUUCGACCUAAAGAGGCACAUGCGCACUCACACAGGUAUCCGUCCGUACCGCUGCGAGCUGUGCGACAAGGCCUUCACCCAGCGCUGCUCCCUCGAGUCCCACCUGAGGAAGAUCCAUGGCGUUUUCCAGCAGUAUGCCUACCGCCAGCGUCGUUCCAAGAUCUUCGUGUGCGAGGACUGCGGCUACACAUCCAACCAGCCCGAAGAGUACUUCCUCCACAUGUGCCAGUGCCACCCGGGCAGCCAAGCCCUGCGCCGCUACUACCGCCGCCAGGCACAUGAGGGCGCCAACAACAUGCCCUCUCAACACAAACCCAGCCCCUUUUUUAUGUAUACUACGGCUGGGUAUUAUAUGGGUUGAUUAAUGAGUGAAGUUUCACCUAGGUACAGAUAUAGGAUCAGCUUCCCAUUCCCCAACCCGAACCUUAACCAUUAGUAGGGAAGAUGCAAAAUUUAGAUGAGCAUCUACAGGCAAAUMUACUUGUUUCUGCCUUAGCCAAUUCCUUUGUUGUUACCUUGCCACAAAGUAGAGACAGUAUAGCACCAAGGCUAAAUGRAUCACAAGCAUUUCGCUACACCCGCAGUAACAUCCACUACACCCGCAAUAUCAUCUGCUACA